AUGACCGUGCAGCAUUACCUUCACCCAGCCAUUCGCAACCCACGCAACUUUGCAUUUGGGGGCCCAACCAAGCAGAAAAGUGAGGCUAUCGCCGUGCAACUGACGUGCAGUAGGCUCUCCAUCGUCACCAACUCCCGUGUCGUCCUCAUCGUCCUUAUCCGCAACCAGAGGAAGGGCCGUGGAAGCAUCUUCACGGCCAACACCCGCCUGAACAAGGCCCCCGCGAAGUUCCGCAACCUCGACUAUGCCGAGCGUCACGGCUACGUCCGCGGUGUCGUGAAGGACAUCAUCCACGAUGCCGGCCGUGGUGCCCCCCUGGCCCAGGUCGUCUUCCGUGACCCCUACAAGUUCAAGCAGCACACCGAGACCUUCAUCGCCAACGAGGGCAUGUACACCGGCCAGUUCAUCUACGCCGGCAAGAAGGCCGCCCUCACCGUCGGCAACGUCCUUCCCCUUGGCUCCAUGCCCGAGGGUACCGUCGUCUCCAACGUCGAGACCAAGAUCGGCGACCGUGGCACCCUCGGCCGCACCUCCGGCAACUACAUCACCAUUGUCGGCCACAACCCCGAUGAGGGCAAGACCCGCAUCAAGCUCCCCUCUGGUGCCAAGAAGGUCGUUCACAGCGAGGCGAGAGGAAUGAUCGGUAUCGUUGCCGGUGGUGGCCGUACCGACAAGCCCCUGCUGAAGGCUUCCCGCGCCAAGCACAAGUUCGCCGUCAAGCGCAACAGCUGGCCCAAGACCCGUGGUGUUGCCAUGAACCCCGUUGAUCACCCUCACGGUGGUGGUAACCACCAGCACAUUGGUAAGGCGUCGACCAUCUCCCGCUACGCCGCCCAGGGACAGAAGGCCGGUCUCAUUGCUGCCAGACGUACCGGUCUGCUCCGUGGUACCCAGAAGGUCAAGGAAUAA